AUCCCACGAACCAAGUUCAAUCUCAAGCAAGCACAGUCAAUUCGGUAGACACUUCUAAGGACCAACGGUUUUGCACCAACCUUCGACCAUCAUGGCCAGGCUUACCAUCGUCCUCGUCUGCAUCGCUCUUCUCCUCCUAAGAGCUGAGGCUAAGGGCCCGCCCCCCGGCAAAGGGCCCGAUAAGGGCGAUAAGGGCGACACUGGCAGCACCGGCAGCACCGGCAGCACCGGCAGCACGGGCAGCACCGGCAGCACUGGGACCACUGGUGGCUCUGACAAGGGCAAGGACAAGGACAAGAACGGAGGAGGUCCCGGUCCCAAGCCUGUUCCUAAGAAGCCCUUCAAGCCCGUUGUGCUCGCUCGCUACAUGGGAACUGUGCACCCGUGCAAGCCCCUCCCCUUCGUGCGGGGCUCCAUCGUCGCGAACGUCAUGUCGACCGACGACAACACGACCAACUCCAUGACCUACGGCCUCCUCGUGUCCGGAACCGCCGAGCCGCCCACCGUACAGGGGAUUUACAGCACGGAUCCGUGCGAUCCGCUGGUCGAGCAGAAGCUGGUGACCGAUUUGAACGGAACGUGGGUGAACGUGCCCCAGAAGCCGUCCAGGAAGAACAGGAGCCCUCCCCAGGUGUACACCCUGAGCAACACUGUCAAUGAGACCGCUCUGCCGCAGCCUCGCCCUGACGGUGCUCCCAAGGGGAACGCCUGGGGCAAGGUCUGGAAGAUGCAGCCCCUUUAUGUGAUGAUGUUCGUUAACACUACCGCGGGUAACGGCACUGUUGCUGGCAAGUUCAUGCGGAACAAGUAGACGGGGUUGGGUGAGGGUUUUGUGUUAAUUAUUAGCCCUGCAGCUUCAGAAGACGUAAUAUCUUACAUUGUUUUUUAUUAUUUUAUUUCUAUACAACCAAAUAUGAACGUUGCUAUUGCUGUUUUUAUCAUU